AUGGCGGGACAACUCAGUGGGAAAGUCUCCUCGCUGACGCUGGAGGAAAUGGGGAAGAGCAAGAACCCUAUGGACUUUUACCGACAACACAUCGCCGAGAAGCUGGUUCCCAUAGUCAAUCGACCGGCAGCGGAAAUUGUCCCCUUGAUCCAAUGGACCACGACUCUAGACAAGGGAGAUUUCACUCUGGCCGUCCCUGCAUUGAAAGUCAAGGGUAAACCGCCGCAAGAACAGGCAAAGGAGAUUGUCGAGGCCUUUCCCUCGACAGAAGACACCUUCGUCACCGUAUCCCAGGCUGGCCCGUUCGUCCAGUUCUUCGCCAAACCCCAACACCUGAUCAGCAUGACAAUCCCUGAAAUCCUGACUCAUAAGAGUGCAUACGGCUGUAAAGUCAGCAACGGUCUGAAAGACCCGUCAGACCCUUCAAAGGGCCAAAAGAAGCUCAUCGUGGAGUUCUCGUCCCCGAACAUCGCCAAGGAAUUCCACGCCGGUCACCUUCGGAGUACUAUCAUAGGUGGUUUUUUGGCGAAGCUUUACCAGCGAAUGGGCUGGGAUGUCUUGAGGAUGAAUUACCUAGGAGAUUGGGGUAAACAAUACGGCCUCCUGGCCAACGGCUUCAAGCAAUUCGGUAGCCAGGAGGAAUUAGACAAGAACUCGAUUGCGCACUUGUUUCAUGUCUACGUCGAAAUAAACAAGAUAAAACUCGCCCAGGACGAGCCCAUUAAUGAGUUGAAGAAGGAGAUCAAGGAGAAAAAGGACAAGGGAGAAGACGUGUCGGCCCUAGAAGCAAAACUUGCACCUCUCGUGGAAGAAAGCGAAGACGAAAAGGCCCGAAAAUACUUCAAGAGCAUGGAAGAAGGGGACCCCGGGGCUUUGGCACUAUGGCAGAAGUUCCGGGACAUGAGCAUCAAGAAGUACCAGAGCACGUACGCCCGGCUGAACAUUGAAUUUGAUGUGUAUUCUGGUGAGUCGCAGGUCAAGGCCGAGACAAUCAAGCGGGUCCUGGAUAGUCUGCUCGCACAGGGCAUCGCAGAGUAUUCUGACGGCGCAAUCCUGAUUGAUUUCGCCAAACAUGGCGCCAAGAAGCUCAACAAGGCGAUAAUCGUACGAAAGGACGGCACAGCUCUGUACCUUACCCGAGACCUGGCCGCGAUUUUGGAGCGAUAUGACGAAUACCACUUUGACAAGAUGAUUUACGUGGUCGCGGAUCAGCAGAACGAGCAUCUUGCACAACUGUUCAAGACUACCGAGAUCAGCGGACAUAAAGAAGUCGCAGAGAAAUGCGAGCAUAUCUCCUUCGGCAUGGUCAAGGGCAUGAGUACCCGAAAAGGGACAGUCAAGUUCCUCGACGAUAUCAUUCAAACGGUCAAGGACACUAUGCUGGAGGUCAUGAAGAAGAACGAUGACAAAUAUGCCCAGCUGGACAACCCAGACGCAGUUGCCGAUGUGCUGGCCAUUACUGCUAUCAUGGUGCAGGACUUGUCAGGCAAGGUUCGGAAUGGUUAUGAAUUCAACAUCAACCAGAUGACGGCGUUCGAGGGCGAUACAGGUCCGUACUUGCAGUAUGCGCACGCGCGACUUUGCUCGAUUGAGCGAAAAGCCAAUGCGGACCUCAGUGCUUUGGGCUCUGCAGACCUGUCCUUGCUGAAAGAACCCCACGCCGUCAACCUGGCUCGUUCGCUGGCACAGUACCCAGAUGUGGUGCUCAAUACGCUCAAGACUCGAGAACCAGCAACUGUCCUCACUUAUCUGUUCAAGAUGGCGCAUGCGCUCAGCUCGAGCUAUGACCACCUGCAAGUGGUUGGCAGCGAACCUGAGCUGCAGAAGGCUCGGUUGGCACUGUACGAGGCUGCCCGACAGGUGCUGUGGAAUGGCAUGACUCUCCUGGGUUUGAGCCCGGUGGAGAGGAUGUAA